AUGGAAAAAGCCAAGAAGGCAAGAGCGGCACGAAGGACCGCGUUUACGCGUGCGCUUAACGCAGUUAAUGGCGGCCUAAAAGACGCACCGUUAAACUUAAACGAAAUUGAGGCGUCUAUGCAAUUAUUAGAGGAGAAAUAUACCGAUUUGGAAGCGAUUAAUGCACAGAUUUUCGACUUUCUCAUCGACAAUAAUGCCGAACAGUCGGUAAUCGAUCAAGAAAUGGAAGCAGUCGAUGAAUAUAAAUUCAUAUUUCUUCAAAAAAGAAACGAAGUCGUGAAAACGUUAAACAAUGGCAUGCAAAAAGAGGGUGCUAAGGUCGAAAACGCGUUACCAUGUGAACCAAAGAAAAAUUUUCGUCUUCCAAAGAUCGAACUGAAAAAAUUCAGUGGUGAUAUUAAAGACUGGUUACAGUUCUGGAGUCAGUUCAAAAAAAUUCACGAAGACGAGAGCAUUGUCGCCGAGGACAAAUUUCAGUACCUCAUACAGGCCAUGUUGCCGAAUUCUCGAGCGUAUGAGUUGGUGCAGAGUUUCCCGCCAACGGCAGAAAAUUACGGCAAAGUGAUCGUGAGCUUAAAAAAUCGUUUUGGUCGUGACGAUCUUCUCGUCGAAGUGUACGUACGAGAACUCUUGAGACUCGUCUUGCAAAAUGCGGUGAAACCGAACGAAAGUAUACGGCUGUCGAGUUUGUACGAUAAAAUCGAAUCUCAUUUACGGGCACUCGAGACGUUGGGAGUAGCAACCGAUAAGUGCGCGGCCAUGCUUUUCCCGCUCGUAGAGUCGUCGUUACCGGAGGAGCUGUUGCGCGCGUGGCAACGAAGCACGAGUGUAAGUAAUGGAAAUGCCGAAAAUGCUGCAAAAGAUCGGUUGACGCGGUUAAUCGACUUCUUGCGAUCUGAAGUAGAGAAUGAGCAGCGAAUAUCGAUGGCAAUGAACGGUUUCAGCUUAAACGCGCAAAAAUCGAAAAAAACGAAACCACGAUCAGAGACACACAAAGACAUCCCGACAGCGAUGGGUCUGUUGACGACAAAACCGGUUAAGAACAUUACGUGCAUUUUUUGCGGCAGUGAACAUGAGAGUGCGGAAUGCGACAAAGCACGUAAAAUGAGUUUUUUCGAAAGACGUAAAAUUAUUAAAGACAAGAAUUGUUGCUACAACUGUCUAAAAUACGGACAUAAUUGCAAAAAUUGUCGUGUUAAUAUUCGUUGUGCAUGGUGUUCUAAACAUCAUUAUAUCGUAAUGUGCCCGGAGUUUUCAAAAGGUGAGAAUGAAAAUAAGGAUUGUACUCCCUGUGACGCAAAAGAAGAAAAAAAUCUGGCAAGUUUUUUACGGGAUCCAGAUGUAAUUUUGCAAACGAUACGCGUAAAACUGCGAAAUGAUGUAAAAGAGAGUAUCGUCCGGGCAAUUAUUGAUACGGGCUCUAUGAAAUCGUAUAUUCUCAAAAGUGCCGUUGAAAGAAUGGGAUACACGCCCGAGGGGGAGCAGGUGAUUACGCACUCGUUGUUCGGCGGUGCAAAAUCGAGCGCGACCAAGCAUCGUAGCUACAUGGUCGGCAGUCUUGACGGUAGAUACUUUUGUAGAUUCAACGCAUUCGACCAAGACGUAAUAUGCGGCAACAUUGCGAGUAUCAAGAGAGGUCAGUGGGUUGAAGAAUUGCAACAUUUAAAAAUUGAACCGCCGGAUAUGAGCGAAGACGAGUCAACAAUCCAACUUUUAAUUGGGGCAGACAUCGCAGGAAAACUGUUCACUGGAAACACAAGAAUUUUGAAAAAUGGACUAGCCGCUAUAGAGACUCUUCUUGGAUGGACGAUCAUGGGCAAAAUACCGAGUGAUGGACAACGUAAAGACUCAAGCUUAACGACUAUUUCAUUGUUCGUUAAAGAGGCUAACAUUUCCGAUUUAUGGGAGCUGGACGUGCUGGGUAUCAAAGAUCCAUUUGAAAGCAAAUCCAAGAAAGAUCAUGAAGAUAAAAUACUGUCUGCAUUUUUGGAAAAUGUCAAGGUCAAUGAAGAUGGACGUUAUGAGGUUCAACUGCCUUGGAGAGAGAAUCACCCUACCUUAGAAAAUAAUCGAGAACUCGCAAUUAGACGCCUGGAAUCUACAACCAGAAAAUUAAAAGUGAACGAUCUUUUCGAAAAGUACGACCAAGUUUUCGAUGAGUGGAAAAGUGACGGUAUUAUCGAACAAGUUCCUGCGAGUGAAGUGACUAAAUGGGGCCAUUAUUUACCUCAUCGACCAGUAUUAAAAGAGAACAGUUCAACAAAAAUCCGGCCAGUGUUCGACGCUUCGUCCCACGAAAAGGAUUCACCAUCGCUAAACCAGUGUUUGGAAAUAGGCCCGAACUUAAUCGAGCUCAUCCCUUCGAUACUGUUGCGUUUUAGAAAGUGUAAAUACGGUGUUAUUUCUGAUAUUAAACGGGCGUUUUUGCAAAUCAGCAUACAUCCAAAGGAUCGCGACUUUUUAAGAUUCUUGUGGUACGAUAAAUCGGGUAAGGUUAUUAUUUUACGCCAUGCCAGGGUAGUCUUUGGAGUAUCGUGCAGUCCGUUUUUAUUAGGCGCCGUAAUCGAUCUGCAUUUAAAACGCGUUAUGCAGGAUGAGCUUUCUCGAGAAUCAAUGAAGUAUUGUCCGAGAAAUAUUACAAAAUUGUCCGAGAGUUUUUACGUGGACAAUUCUGUAACAAGCGUUAAUAACGUAGAUGAAAUAAGCUCGUUUAUAUCGGAUGCUAAGAUGGUAAUGAAAACCGGUGGCUUUGAGCUCAGAGGGUGGGAGUUUUCAGGUGAUUCUCUAGAUAGCGACAAAUCUCCCGUGCUCGGUAUAAUUUGGGAUAAAAACAAAGAUGUUUUGUCAAUAAAUGUACCAUGUUUAGAUGAACUUUACGAAACCGUUGUCACGAAACGAUCAAUGUUAUCCCUUGCUCAUCGUAUAUUCGAUCCUUUAGGCGUCGCUUCUCCAAUAACCCUUUACCCAAAGUUAUUGUUACAAGAGGCAUGGGCUAAGAACCUAUCUUGGGAUGAUGAAGUAACGGAUGAGAUAAAAAAUAAAUUUUUAAAAUGGGUAAGACAGCUAGAUAAUUUACGCAAAAUUGAAAUACCGAGGUGCUUGUUGGGAGAAUUGGGAAGAGACGACCUUAUAACUAUUCAUACGUUUUGCGAUGCCAGUCAGAUGGCGUAUGCAGUCGUAAUAUUUAUACGGAUCGAAAAUAACUUAGGGGUGCGUGUUAAAUUUGUACAAUCGAAAGUCCGAGUUGCGCCGGUGAAAACUUGUACUAUUCCGAGACUAGAAUUAUUAGGAGCUACUAUAGCCGCACGCUUAACCCACUCAGUUGUAGAAACACUUAAACUAAAUAGCGUGAAGAAAUAUUAUUGGUGCGACUCUACUACUGUUCUCGCGUGGAUAAAGAGGCAGUCGCAAUGGGGGGUGUUCGUUCUGAACAGGGUACAAGAAAUUCGUAAAUUGUCCAGUUGCGACGAAUGGUAUCAUGUGCCGGGUGAACACAAUCCUGCGGACUUGCCUUCGAGAGGAUGUUCUGUCGAUCAAUUAAUGGCUUCUAGAUGGUGGGGGGGGGGCCACAAUGGCUAUAUUCGCGUUCUGAUUGCUGGCUUUUCUCAGAACCUAGUUUCAACGAAACAGAAAUCGAGAAAGAAGCGAAAAAAUCGGCUAUUUCUAAGGGUAAAGAUAAUGCGGGAAAAGACAUGA